UGUCUAUUUUCUGAAAAUCAAAGUGGAAAAGAACGAAAUUAGAGCCAACAAUAAGUGAAAAAGAUUCCACCAUACCUAUAUGUAUAAAAAAGCUUUGAACUCUCAACUUGAUUAUUCUAUUCAAUAGAAAGAAAAAGACAAUAUAAAAAAAUCAUCCUUAAAUUCUUAUAUGGUCAAAAGAUAUUAGAGAUGAGUUUUUCUCCUCAUAUUUCUCUUUAAACAAAUUUGUGUUUCUAAAGUGAUAAAAAAAGUGAUUAGGUAUAUCUAUAUUUGAAGUGCUGAUUUAAACAGAAAGUGUUUGAAAAAUGAAAAGAAUUUAUAAAUAAUAGAAUAGUCAGUUUGAAUAUUAUCACACGAUUCAUAUAAAACAUAAUAAAAGAAACGAAAUAAUAAAUUUUUGAAGCGUAACAUAAAAAGAACAUUUCACCGAUUGAAGAAAAAGUAAAAAUCUUGAGUGGUUAUCCAAUUUGAGAAUCCUUUCGAGAUGAUUGAAGCUACUCAAAAGGUUGAAAUUGAGAUUGAACAUCAUGUACUGACUCAAACGAAAAAACUGUCAGACGGCACCUUUGAAAAGAUAUUUUCAAGAAAUCCUCGAAAUGAAGUGGGAUUAUUUACUUAUAAUUGCCAUCUCUGUGCUGUUGCAAAUUUAUCUGGAGAAAGAUCCCUACAAACUCAUAUAACCGGAAAAAAACAUCAACAAAGGCUGAUAUACGAUUACGUUCCUGAUGCUCAGCAAUUCAAAAGAGAACUUGUUCCUAAGUCAAAACCUGCUACCAUGAAUAUUUAUCCAGGGGAGCCAGCACCACCAGGAUCUGAAGAAGAAUUCCGUAGCAAUGUUGAAUCUGUUAUUGAAUGUAUUUCAAAUAAACAAACAAAGGCUAUAAUUGGCAUGGAGUAUGUUAUAGAAGUCGUCGACAAUAAGGCUAGAGAGCCCUUCUUCGUUUGUACUUUAUGUGAAAAGAAAUGCGACCCAAGAAAUAUUAUUCCUCAACUAACAUCUCAUCGACACAGGAUGAAAGAAUCAAAAACAUUCAAUCAAUUCAUAUCAACUUUUACUGGUGGUGACCAAAAGACAGGUGAAAAAAGAAAAAUUUUAACACCUCGUGAACUCAGCGAACAAUCCAAUGCAAAAAUGCAUGAAAAAUAUAUUAUUGAAAAGUAUAAAGCAACUGUAAGUAUCAAGAAAGAAGAAUUGGAAAGGCGAUUCAAAGAAUACUCGUCGUCACCUGAAAGUCAUCCAAAAUAUUCCGAAGAAUGGAAAACCUUCUGGAGUCGACGGUAUAAAGAGCUUCUUUCUCAAGGUAAAAAUGGUAACGAUUAUGAUUAUAAGCCAGAAUGGAUUGAAUUUUGGACAAAAAGAAUGAAAGAUUUGCUCAAAAUUGAUAUUGAUAAGAUGAAGGAAAAGGUCAGAAAAGAUUUAAAACUCACAAUCAAUGCAAUCUCUGAUAUUGAGUUUAGCCCAAAAUUAACAAGAAAACGAAGCAUUAGUCAAAGUCCCAUUAGAGAGUCUCGUGGUCGUAAAAGACGAGAUAGUUUUAUUGAAAUUUCAUCUGAUGAGUCAAUUGAAGAUCAGCACUAUAAUUACAAAGAUUCAAAAGGAAAGAAUCAUUGUUCAGAUUAUAAGAAAAGCUCUAAAGAAAGGUCACGUAGUCGCUUUUCUGAAAGUCCAUACAGUAGACAUUUAGAUUAUCGAUCAAAAGAAAAGUAUGAUCAUCAUUUAAUGCGGUAUAGANGGAAAAUCGAUUUUAGUAGUGGACAAGAUGAGACUGACCAUCAAGAGUAUACAACAUUAGCAUUUGAUGAUCCGAAGAAUGGGUUCUCAAGUGCACAGUUUGAAAAUGUUUUCACACAAUAUUGUCGUGAAGUGAAUGCAGAAGUGAAGAUUUUACGUGAUAAAGACAUCGAUUAUGAAUUGAUGGAAGAAAGUAACGAUUUGCUAAGAUAUUAUGACAAUCUCCUCGGUGCAAUUGACUUUGAAGAAAGUUCUGAUGGAUUAAAAGUUAAAGCAAAAAUCUUCUAUUCAGAGAAGUUCUGUUGCUGUCAUGGUUUCUUAAAUGUUGAAUCUGUUAUUGAGUGUAUUUCAAAUAAACAAACAAAGGCUAUAAUUGGCAUGGAGUAUGUUAUAGAAGUCGUCGGCAAUAAGGCUAGAGAGCCCUUCUUCGUUUGUACUUUAUGUGAAAAGAAAUGCGAACCAAGAAAUAUUAUUCUUCAACUAACAUCUCAUCGACACAGGAUGAAGUAUUUGGAAUUUCAUUUUCCCUCUGUGAUGAGCGUGUUAAAUCGAAAGCAUAAAUUCAACAUGAAUAUGAAUUUUCGAGAAGAAAUUCUCGCAGAUAUCGCAAUGAAGAUUGAGCGAAAGUUUAAAAGAUUAAAGCCCUUCAUUUGUGACUAUCGUGAAUACGAAGGAAAGAAAUUUCAAUUGACUAAAAAAAUUAAACAAAAAAAUGGUAACGAUUAUGAUUAUAAGCCAGAAUGGAUUGAAUUUUGA